UGAGGGCUUGUCAUUGCAUGCUUUAAUGUUGAACGUGAGUGUAAAAUCCUGUUGUUGACCUUGACUGCAGCUUGACUCACUGGCUUCAUGUAGUUGAGCGUCAGUGUAAAUCCAGUGUCAGACUGAUACUCCUCGCUGUCAGCUGGAUGCGUCUCUGCAGGUCAGGGAGUGGAGCGGCAAAAAAACAGGAAUUUUGAUUGGAAAAGAAUUCAGAUUUUGAGACUGUCGAGCAAACAACAACAAAACCUCCAGUUUCAAAGCUAGAGCUCCUGCUGGUUCUGCAGAAUGUUCUCACUGAGGAAAAUAUCUUAUAGGUAGCACACGAUCACUGUGGACUGUGGUGUUGAGAUGGUCACGUGGGCUGCCUUACUGACAAUAUGCGUAUGGAUACAAACACAAACUGCUUCAGGACAGCGCACAUGUCCAGCUAUUCCUCCCCGCAGGCCGGUGGAUUUCACAGUAAAUUACUCCCUCCCCUACUUCCAAACAGAAAAACCUAUACAGAACAUAGCAGUGAACUUGGACUUGCAAAACCUAGAUGUGUAUGUUGCAUCACAGAAUGUGAUAGAGGCUGUGAACGGCACCCUAAAAAAACUAUGGGGGGUGAAAACUGGACCUGUUGGCAGUCCUGAUUGUGAAACCUGUUCGCUGUGUGACAUAGAAACAGAUCCUGGGGAUCCAGUGGACACUGACAAUGAGGUUUUACUUUUGGAUCCCGCUGGAUUUCUCUUACCCUACCUGUACAUUUGUGGGAGCACUCAACAUGGGAUCUGUUACUUCAUUGACAUUAGCGUUCCACAGCCUAAGCCUCAGUGUUUAUACAAAAAAGAGCAAAACUCUCCGUCUAACUGUCCUGACUGUCUGGCCAGCCCACUUGGCACUAAAGUCACUAUUGUUGAACAGGGAGCCACAUCGUUCUUCUUUGUUGCAGCCUCUGUCAAUGGCAAAGUAACAGAGCGAUAUCCAAGGAGAUCAAUAUCAGUGUUGAGGCCGCUUUCAACUGAAGAUGGCUUUGAUAUGAUCAUUAAUGGCCUGACAGUGCUCCCCAGUCUACAGGACUCUUACAGUAUUGAUUACAUCUACAGCUUCUCCACCAAGGAUUAUGUCUAUUUUCUGUCCAUGCAGAGGGAAAAUCCCUCAGAUAGCAACUCAGCUUUUCAGACUCGUCUGGGACGACUGCCGAUAUUAAUUCCUGAGACCUGGAUGUACAGAGAAGUGGUCCUGUAUUGCCGGUAUGACCCAAAGCGCAGGAGGAGAAGGAGAGAGGAUUACAGGGACAUUGUGUAUAAUGGGCUACAGGCGGCCUACUUUGGGCGAGCAGGGAAGGACUUGGUUAAUGAGCUGAGAGUGUCCGAGACAGAAGACAUUUUAUAUGGGGUGUUUGCAGAGGUGAAUGAGCGCGGUGAACCUCAAAAGAACUCAGCCUUGUGUGCCUUCCCUUUGACCAAAAUAAACCAGAAGAUUGACGAAGGCGUCGACGCCUGCUGCAAGUCAGGUACAGAGCAGCUCUCCAGAGGAGUCUGUCACUUCCAGGCCUGCGAGAGCUGCCCACAUGAAAGCUCUGAGGGUAAUGACACAUGCAGUGCCAAACCCACUCUGGUGUCAAAGCCAUACCAUAGACAAGACCUCUUCAACAAGAAGAUGAGUGAUGUCCUGUUCACCGCUGUCCUGGUCACCACAAUUGGGAAUCAUACACUGGGCCACUUUGGUACCUCAGAUGGCAGGAUACUCCAGGUCAUUCUGUCGACGUUCAGGCCUAUUGUUUUUGCCAACUAUUCUCUUGGAGAGACCCAUGUAUCCAGGGCAGCAGCUGUGUACUCAGAGGAUUCACUUCUUUUUGUAGUUGGAAAUAAGAUGUUCAAGGUGCCAUCUGUUGGACCGGGUUGUGCACAUUUUAUGACAUGCUCCAUGUGUCUGAUGGCUCCACGCUUCAUGAACUGUGGGUGGUGUUCAGGAAUCUGCUCAAGGCAACAUGAGUGCACAUCGAAGUGGAACAAAAACUCUUGUGCCCCUGUCAUAACAGAGUUUUUCCCUAAAACGGCACCUGCUGGUAGUGAGACAAUGCUGACGUUGUGUGGUUGGGAGUUUCAGUCUCCUCUGCGACCAGCCAUCAUAAGCGGAAAAACCCAUAUCAUCACAGUGGGCUCUGGGACCUUGUGCACUGUCCUGCCUGAAAAGAGCAAUAGUCAAGUGCUAGUUUGCAAGAUUCAUGACAAAACGCCAAACCAGAACCUUACAGUCAUUCUGGAAGUGCAUGAAGGUGACGUGGAGGGCCGAUACUCAAUUGAAGGCACUGAGCGGGUGCAUGGCUUCUCUUUUGUGGAGCCAAGCAUAACAGAAAUCCUACCUGACUAUGGACCCGUGUUUGGAGGAACGCUGGUUACAUUGACAGGCAAAUAUCUUGGGUGUGGGAUACAGAGAGAUGUUUUCAUUGCUGAUAAGAAGUGUGACAUUCGCAGUGUUUCCGAUGGAAGUGAGACUUUACCUUCAAUUGUCUGCCAAACAGCGGCUGGAACAGGUGUAGGGAAGGUACCUGUGAAAGUUGUCAUUGACAACUUUGAAGUUACUACCACUAAGAUGUUUUUGUACAAGGAAAACCCUAUUAUAACUUCUGUAUAUCCUCACUGCAGUUUCAGAAGUGGCUCCAAGCUGGUGAUAGAGGGUCAGAAUCUUGACUCUGCCCACAAAACUGUGGUCCAGUAUAUUUCCAAAAGUCACCCCAUGGAGCCUCAUAAAGAAGUCUGCAACCGCAAGGCAAAUGCCACCCAUAUGGAGUGUCAAGCUCCUCCUAUGUCACAGGAUAUGUCAGAGGAAAAGUCUGACACUGGAGAGAUUUUAAUUCACAUGGACGGAAAAAGAAACAUCUGGUCGAGACGUUUUGACUACCAUCCCAAUGCCAAAGUCAUUCCCUUUGAAAAUGAUGACAAUGUAUUACUUCUUAAGCCAGGAGAGACUGAGGUUUCACUGCAUCAUAACAAACUGAAUACUGUGAACUCAUGUAUGAAGAUCACAAUGACCAUUGGGGGUGUGAGUUGUAAAGUUCAGGUUCUGUUAAAUGAGCUGACCUGCAGGAUUCCUAAAGGCCUUGUUAUCCCCAGUGAGGGAUUGCCUGUCAAAGUAUCUGUAAACGGGGAUGUUUUUGAUGUUGGUACUGUGAUCCCUGAUGAGUACAACUACAACACAGUUAUUGUGGGCAUUGUUCUGGGUAUCCUUGCUGCCUUGGUGGCAGGCGCUGGACUCGCAUUACUUGUGAUGGUCCAUUUGAGAAAGAAAAAGAGAGCCAGCAUAGAGAAUCGGUUAUCAACAAUGCUUUCACGGAGCCGAUUGGGCAGCAAUCCAGAUUUUUCACCAACAGGUGACUAUAGACGGGUUGAUCUGGCCAGUCAAACGUCAGGUUCAGGAGGAAUGGCGUUCCGUGGUUUACUGUACGCUGCCAGCUAUGACCAUCUGGCCAUUCCUCUAGUUCCACGGGACAAUAUUUCAUUGGUCAGUUUAAGCUCUGAACUCCUUGAAGAGGUCAAAGAUGUCCUGAUCCCUGCUGAGAUGCUUCGAAUUGAGGAUAGUCAGAUUAUUGGCAAAGGUCACUUUGGGACAGUAUAUCAUGGAUACCUCAUAGACAGCAAUAAGCAAGAGAUCCACUGUGCUGUUAAAUCAUUGAACAGGAUCACAGAUUUAGGAGAGGUGGACCAGUUCCUCAGAGAAGGCAUCAUCAUGAAAGGUUUCCACCACCCUAACAUCCUGUCUCUGCUGGGCAUCAUGCUGCCUAAAGAAGGGCUCCCUCUGGUGGUUCUGCCAUAUAUGAAACAUGGGGAUGUGCGUCAUUUCAUCCGCUCUGAAAAAAGGAACCCGACAGUAAAAGACCUGAUCGGCUUUGGGCUGCAGGUUGCCAAUGGGAUGGAGUAUUUAGCCCAGAAGAAAUUUGUCCACAGAGACCUGGCUGCACGUAACUGCAUGCUGGAUGAAACCUUUACAGUGAAAGUGGCUGACUUUGGCAUGGCGAGGGACAUCUAUGACAAAGAGUACUACAGCAUUCAAGAUCAUAAACGGGUAAAGCUGCCAGUGAAGUGGAUGGCCAUUGAGAGCCUGCAAACACAGAAGUUCACUACCAAAUCUGACGUGUGGUCAUACGGUGUCUUGAUGUGGGAGUUGUUGACCAGAGGUGCCAGCCCAUAUCCAAAUGUGGACCCAUAUGACAUCACACACUACUUGUUGAAGGGACGUCGGCUUCCACAGCCACAGUUUUGCCCAGAUACUCUCUAUUCUAUCAUGUUGACAUGUUGGGACCCAGAGCCUGAGUGCAGACCUAGCUUCCAUAACCUGGUUACAGAAGUACAACACAUCCUGUCCUGUCUGGAAGGAGAGCACUACAUCAGUCUGAAGGUUACCUAUGUCAACCUAGACCAGCCAAGGCCUUACCCUACACUGACUGGAUCUGCAGAUGAGGCCGAGAACUCAGACUUGGACAGAGACAGUGAUGCUGCCAGCUCAGGGUCUUGAAGCCCUAAUAUUCUCUGACAGGAACACAGCUGGUCAAAGCAUACAGGAAAAGGGACAGCUUGCCCUGGAUCCAUUUAUAUGUGACAUCAAUUCUUGAUCAUGUCCACGAACCUGAGUUCAUGAAGGUUUGGCUACUGAUUUAAAAGACACUGUUGUACCUUAAACUCUUACUGGAGCUGAGACAAAAUCACACUUGAAGUCCCCCAUCCUGUUACUACAUACUGUUUGUAGCUUAAUAGACAUAGCAUGUAAAUAAGAGGUUUUUUUAAAUCAUCUGAAGCACAAGUGUGAAUGAGACAAAAUGAAUGUAGAAUGUGCUUUUGUUUCAGAUUUGUAGAAAAGGAUGUAGGGGUACAUUUUAUGCUGUUAUACAUAAAUAUGUCUCUAAGUCAGUGUUUUAGACUGUUUAACAAGGGAUUAAUGAAUGCUGACUUGUGCUCAGGAGUCAAGAUUUAUUAGGUUGUUUUUUUUGUCAUAUCUUUAUAAAUACAUGUGAAAUCAGUAGAUUCACUCAAUCUACUCAGAUUUAGAGCAAUCGAUAAUCAAAAAUCUCUGCACCUUCUAAAUUAUACAGUAAGGUUUCUGUUCUGUGCAGAUUGCAGCUGAGGCUUGGAAGCACAACCAGUAUGUGUUUUACCAAGUACCUGUCAUUAUCACUAGAGGGCACCCAAAUCAUCCUUCCAUAGCGUAAACACUUGCUGCUGCAGUGAAGUUCUGCACUACAGCAAAACCACACAACACAAAAAGGAGUUACACAAACUGUUCACCUGAAUCUCAGACAGCCAAAUGAGCUGUUUCACUUUGCAAAUGUAACAAUCUAUCAACUCAAUCAACAUAGCAUUACAUUGUUGUUCAUAAUUGUUCAUAAUUCACAGUUUGGGAAAUUGUUCUCAUUUUCUCAUAUGUGAUUAAAAUGAUCUUGGUACAGGUAAUUAGACAAUCUAAGGCAUUUUAUAAUGUAUGCACUGAUUUUUUAAAAACUUUUGGACUGACAAUGCAGUCUGGUUAAAUCAACCAAAAGGGUUUAUGUCAUCCAACUUUCUUACUACCAGGGGUAUACUUGAUCAUUUUUUGUCAUUGCUGCAUUUUUACUUCUUCCAUUCAGGAUCAAACUGGUGUUAUUGCUUUGCUGUAUUGGAGGUUGCACUGCAAAGAGUGUUUUAUACAGAUAAAUGGUUGCACAUAAACAUAUCAAACGUCUCCCUAGACUUUUUUAUUUGCCUCAUUCUGUGUGAGCACUAAGAAAAAGAUUAUGCUGCAGAUGGGCAAACGAGACAGUUUUACCUAAAAACAUCACCUAAAAUAUUAUUCCUAACUAUUUUAAUAGUGUAUUGGGGAAUGCAGAUCACUACAACGAAAGUAGUCCUUCAUGAAAGAGGAUCAUCAAAGUUGCUGAAGAAAAAAAGACACUCAGUGCAAUGACACAGGUCUGAGGCAGCAGCUCUGAGUUCAAGUUUGUUGUCCUCUGCCAGGUGGAGGAGAUGAAAAGCAUGCACACGGUUAGAGGUCGGAAUUAUGUAAGCUCAACCAGAGUGAAAACCACAUGCUUCUGCCUAAUCUGUGUAUCUAGCAUUUGUAAUACUCUCUAUGAAUAAUUUAUGGGUCUAAAAAAAGAUUAUACUUUUUUUUUUUUUUAUCCCUUGCCGUCAGGUACUGAAAAGA